AUGAGCGCACAAGCUUUAGCCCCCGCAGCAGGGAGGAACCCGGCUGCAGGCGACAGCAGACUUCAUGCCGGGCGGGAGGAACCUGCCCGAGAGCGGCGCAGGGUUAGAGUGCUGAAGAGCUUACGAGUUGGCACCUUCAAUGUACGUACGUUGGGGGUGCAAGAGGACGAUGGGACCAGAACGGUGGAGAGGGAGUGCUUGUUGAGAGAUGCUAGAGAGCGGAAGUUGGAUGUGCUGGCAACACAAGAAUCUCGGGUGACGGAAUGGAUCAAUGGAGAAAAGCUUGAUGAGUACGUGCUUUAUGGAGGCGGAGCUUGGAAAAACGCCGCAGGUGCUGCUGUUGGCGGAGUUCUAUUCUUGAUACGAUCAAGCUUAGAAGUGGUGGGUUAUGAGGAUGAGCAGUGGGGCCGCCACGCGCGUAUUUCAUUACGAACGCCACAGGGCCAGAGAGUGCAUGUGCACGGAUGUUACGCCCCGACCAACGCCGCAGACCGGGAAACAAAAGACCUCUUUUGGAACCGGGUCGCGCAGAAGGUGGCCGCGCACAGUAGUAGGGAUGUUGUAGUGGCGGUGGGCGACUUCAACGCGGAGUUUACUGGCGGCCCACAGUGGGAGUUGAUAGAAGCUGGGCUUCCGUUUACCGUCGGGCCGUGUGGCCUAACCUCCAAGUUUGCGCACGAGUCGGACAACGCGACCAGACUCCAGAGCUUCGCCGCGGAGGCAGAGUUGGUCGACGUUUCUUCGAUGUGUAAAAAACCAUGGUCCCGACGCUUCACCUUCCAGGGGGAGUGGAAGGGGGCGCGCAACAAGCGGGAGUACGACCAUAUCCUCAUAAGCUGGAAACACCGUGCCCGGGCGCACGGUUUCAGGGUACAUGGCGACACGAAUACCUUCAGCGACCACCGACUGGUGGUGGUUGAAAUCGCAAUGUGGAUUGCCAAAAAAGAAAAGGCCCCCACGACAGGAGCUGCAUGGGUCAGAACCAAGCAAGCAGCGGAGCAGGUCAGCAGGGAGCUGGAAAAAGUUUAUAACAUCGAGGCAACUCCGCACGCCAUUGAGACGGGGGAUAGGAGCACAGACCAGUGGUGGGGGGAGUUCGAAGAAGUCCUCGUAGCCACCAUAGACAAGCUCAGCAGAAAAGCAGCGACAAAGAAAGGCCCCCGCAAGCCCUGGAUAAGUACAGCAACAUGGGAAAAAAUCGAAGAACGUAAGCGACUGAUGACAAAGGAGGGGCGGACAAACAAGCUGAGGCGCAGCAGGCUUGGCCGGGUCAUCCGGAUGUGCAUCAAGGAAGACAAAAAGGCCUGGGUGGUCGACAAGCUGGAAGAGCUCCGCCGGGCCGACAACGCCGGAAAUUCCCGGGAGGUGUUUGAAGUUGUGCGGCAGCUUGCGGGGAAAUCAAGAAAACCGGCACAGGAAUUGCCAGGGAGCCCGGAAAUCUGGACCAGUUUCUGGGGGCAGAUCCUGGGCGAGCCCCGGCCGGAGCCCCCCGAGGAGACAAAAAGCACAAAGAGCUACGCAAAGUGCACCGAGGCACUAGCGGAAGACGACAAACCAGCAUGGUGCCACGGUUUGGAAGGGGUCCCAAGCGAGUCCGAGGUGGUCGAGGCCUUGCGCGGGCUAAAAGCGGGAAAAGCUUACGCGGGAGCAGCGCCUGCAGAACUAAUACGCGACUGCGCGCUGGCGCGUGCCGUCGUAGUUUCACUAGUCCGGCGGGUCUUCCGGGGAGAGGAAGUCCCCGAAGCCUGGGGCCGGGCGGUGUUGGCAAUGCUCCACAAGAAAGGGGACAAGAGCCAGGCAAAAAACUACCGGCCGAUUGCCUUGCUGACGUUUGGCGAAAAACUUCUUGGACUUAUAAUUUUGAAGCGAAUCGAAAAAGAAGCAGCGGCAACGAUCGACAAAAGGCAAAAAGGGUGCACGCGCGGACUGAGCUGCCGGCAUGGCGUCUUCCAGAUCCUGCGCGACAUGGAAAAAUGCAAACGGGAAGGGCGCCGGGCGUAUCUUAUCUUUGCGGACUUCCUCAAAGCCUUCGACAGCUUGGGGUGGGACGUGAUGCACAAGAUCCUGAAACACCAAGGCCUCCCGGAGUACAUCGGUCGAGUAGUGCGCAGCAUGUACGAUAGCAACGCAAAAAUCUGCAUUAGACUGGCGCGGGAUCGGUGGACAAAGGACAUCAAGCAACGGGCAGGAAUCAGGCAGGGGAGCUCUCUUUCCCCCUUGAUUUUCGCUAUUGUCCUGGACUUUGCAAUUACCCAGUUCGCGCGGGUAAUGGAGGCCGAAAAGAAGUGGAGUCUUGCUCAGGCUAGGGGCAUGGCGAUGAGCCUGCUGGGUUUUGUUGAUGACUUGGUGGUCAAGGCCAAUGACGAAGAAGACGCGCAGUUCGCAGUGCGCGAACUGGCAGGGGCGUGCCGGUUUGUGGGGCUGGAACUGAACCCAGACAAGGGAAAAACGGAGGUCAUGGUCGUAAACCAGCAGAGCAGGGAGAGGAAAAACGAAUUUGCGAUGACAGAGCGGUGCAUGAUCAGCGAAGAAGAGGGGGUCAAGGCAGUCCAUGGGUUCCUCGUGGAAUGGGACGGCAUCGACCUGGUUCGAGAAUACCGCGCUGCCGCGGCAGCGGUGUCAACGAAGCUGAUGGGGGACUUGGUCCCCACCCACCUUGCCGUGUGGGACAACGGACUCCUCAACAUCAUCAAGAUGAAGGCAUCCGGGUGGGCCACGCUCGACAACGGCAGGGCCAUGCGGAUCACGAGGCUAGGCCGCCGGGAGUACAUCCUCGAGAAACACAACCAGCACCGUUGCCCGAGGUGCGGCGAUGUGUUGGAGGAUGCCACCGCGCUGAAGUACCACCUGGCCACCGGGUUCUGCCGCAAGGACAAAACCAUACAGGAACAGAGAACCCUACGGGUGGCCAGACAGGUAGAGGGAAAGAAGAAAAGCGAAAAGGCGGCAGCGGUGGCGGAGCCUGUUCACGUAUGGCAUGGUGGGAAGCAAAUAGCCACGGUGGAGCGUUUUGUGUACUUGGGCACAGAAAUCGACCGGAAUGCAACGACUACGUCCGAAACGAAAAGGCGAUGCGCGAUGGCGCUGAGCACAGUUAAGUCGUUGACAAAAAUCUGGCGCGACAAAGAAGUACCGAAACACCUCAAGGCAGGGCUCUACCGCGCGUUGUCGCUAAGCGUCGCCCUGUACAACGCCGAAACCUGGGCGACUUCGGAAGAAGACGAGAAGAUCCUUCGGAGCUUUCAGACCCAGGCGCUGCGCCACAUCCUCGGUUAUUGGGAUUGGCAGGGCGCGCCUUCCCGCGACCAGAUGUGCCGCAUGCUUGGGGUCCAGGCUAUCGAAGUAGAGCUUCGGGAAAAACGGAUAUCCUGGAUCGCACACACAGCACGGGACACAACCGGGGAGGGUUCUUUGUCCCGUGUCAGGACAGAAAUCCAGGAAAAAACGCCAUGGGGCCGCAAAGCCGCAGAAGACCUCGAGUUUUACAACUUCAGCCUCGACGACUUGGUGGCACAAAAGCCAACGGGCGCGGCCACAAGGGAAACGCUGACACGGCGACGGCCCUACGCCACUGGGAGAAGGGAGCAAAAGAAGAAAGGGCCCGAGCGGGGAAAGCGGUCGAAAAAGGCGGAGAAAAUGCUUGAGGAGAGGCGCCUUCGGCUCGAACAACAGAAAGCUGAACAAGCUGAAGCUGCUGCAGCUCUUGUAGAAAAACUUUCAGGAAAAAAGUGGAGAGCUUCAACGAGUAGGCCGGGGCAGUGGGAGGUGGAAGGGGACCCAGAGGUGGCUUUCGAAGUCAGUGACGUCUAUUUCUGCGAAAACUCAGGAAAGGAAGAAAUGAACGUAGCAGGGGUGUGGUUCGUACGGGAAAACGACGGAACUUUUGUGUUGCGAUAGACGAGCCUUACACCCCUGGAAGGAAAAGAAGAUGAUAGUAGUGCACGCACAUCCACGAUUCAAUCGAUUAAUUUCAGAGCGGUUAACUGAAACAGGAUAAUGCGUCGAACUGAACUGAACUGAACUUUGUGAGAAAGAAGGAGAAGGAUGUCCUCAGAGAUACAGAAGAACAUGAAUCGCAAGAGUAACGAGAACGAACCUAACGCAAAUCGAAAUCCCCAACUGAAUUACACGAGCAUG